ACAUCAAACAAUGGUUUGGUUCACCAACCAGCAAGUCCUGGGCAUAGCCAUAUUGCUGCUGCAGUACACAAAUUGCCAACAAAGUCAACACAAUGAGGAUUCUUUGUCUUUUAGCUUUACCCAGAGCAUAUAUUAUGCAACAGUUCAUGAAAAUUCUGCUCCUAAAACCUAUAUAGUAAGCCAGGAAAAAAUGGGUGUUUACUUGAAAGAUCCUCAAUGGACGUUAAAGUAUCGGAUUGUGUCUGGUGACCCUACGGGGCUCUUUAAAAUUGAGGAGGUUGUCAUUGGAGAUUUCUGCUUUUUAAGAAUACGAAUACGAAGUGGCAAUACAGCUCUUUUGAAUAGAGAAGUAAAAGAUAAUUACCAGCUGCUCAUCCAUGCUUCUGAGAAAUCCUUGCAUUAUGAGCCACAGACUAAAGUUGUCAUCCAAGUUUUGGACAUAAAUGAUCUAAGACCUCUCUUUUCAACCACAUCCUAUAAGUUCACUGCCAGUGAAGAUGCUCCUCUUAAAACAGUCCUUGGCAAAGUCAGUGCUACAGAUGCUGACCAGGGCCAAAAUGCUAUGUUCUACUAUACCUUUAACACCAAAUCUCAAUUAUUUUGCAUCCAUCCAACAAGUGGCAUAGUCAUGUUGAUUGGCCCACUUAACGCAACUCAAAAAUCUGUGUACAAUCUUGAAAUUUUAGCAGUCGACCGCAUGAGAAAAAUUUCAGAGGGUAAUGGAUUUGGAAAUGUGGCUUCUUUGGAGAUCUCGGUGAAACCAGCCCUAAAAAAGCCUCCAUUUAUCUCCUCAGUAACAACAGCCAUGGCAGAUUCAUCAGAAAGACUCCUUUAUGCCACUGUAGUUAUGGACUUGGCAGAUCCAUUGUGCAGCAUUGACUCAGUGGAGAUUGUAGAUGGUGAUCCAAAUAGUUAUUUUAAGGUUCUAAGAUCUUACAUGGGCAAAAAUGAAUUUACAGUAGUGUCUACAGCACAGAUUAACUGGAUGGAACACUCCCAGGGUUUCAAUCUAAGUCUUCGGGCUAAAGACAAGAGCAAUCCACCAAUUUACUCCACUUUAAAAAAUAUCUACAUUCCUCCAUGGAAGUAUGCUAUGGCAAGAUUUGAACAGGAUGUUUAUAAAGUGCAAAUUAGUGAAUGUGCCCCUCCUGGUAGUCAUGUCUGCAUUGUCAAAAUAAUUCCCACAGUUCCAUCAGGGGGUUAUUAUUUAAAAACCUCUACUGACAAGUUCAGACUUAUCACUAAAACUGGCUUGAUUAUGACCAGGAAGGCUAUGGAUGUAAAAGAUCAGUCACAGUACCACUUGGAAAUAACAGCACUUGAUGGUCAGGUCUCUACCACUGUUAUUGUUGACCUCAUAGAUUGCAAUAAUCAUUCCCCAAUGUUCCCUCUGUCUAAAUAUGAAGGAGCUUUUAAUGAGAAUAUCCCUGUUGGAACAAACAUUUUACAAGUACAUGCCACAGAUGCUGACCAGGCAGAUAAUGGUAAAAUUACUUAUAAAUUAGUUGGUCACGAAAACAAUCCUUUUGUCAUUGAUCGAUUUACAGGGGUUAUUACCAAUGAAAGAGUUUUUGACUAUGAGCUGAAUCAGAGGUUAUAUAAUCUAAAAGUUUGGGCUUCAGACUUGGGUGCACCUUUUCGAAGACAAUCUGAAACAUAUGUAGCUCUUACACUCAACAAUUUGAAUGACAAUGUUCCUGUUUUUGAAAGAAUCAAUUGCAACAUAAGCAUUCCAAGGGACAUAAGUAUUGGGGAGAAAGUGGCAGACCUUUCAGCAGUGGAUAUUGAUGAGCUUCAGACUAUACAGUAUGAGAUCCUUUCAGGCAAUGAGCUACAAAAAUUCAGGUUAGACCCUAUUUCUGGAGAUAUUACAGUUAGAGGUGACAUCUAUGGUAUGUCAUCGUCUUCACCUUCUGUUUAUUCCUUAGUUGUUACUGCUAGUGAUGGAGAAAAUAAAGCUGAACCCACUGUAGUCAGCAUAAAUAUAAUAAACAAAGGUUCACCCAAAUCUGUACAUUGUGAGGAGACAGGGGUGCUAAACAAAAUAACAGAAAACAUGAUCAAUUCCUUUAAGUUACAAUCUCAGAUUCAACUAUUAGAGGAAGAAACAUCUUUUAACACCCAUCCAAUAAAUAUUCAUGCACCUCAAUUCGAUGACAACUUUCCCGUAUCAAUCGAUGUGGCUGAGGACAUUGUUGUCAACGUUUCCAUUUCCCAACUGUCUGCCAGUGACCUCGAUACUGGUUUCAAUGGCAAACUAGUCUAUGCAAUAUCUUCAGGAAGCGAUGAUGGUUGCUUUAAUAUUAAUAUGGAGACUGGGGAGUUGAUUGUCUCUUCACCUUUAGAUCAUGAAACUGUUAGUUCGUAUAUCCUUAAUAUAUCUGUUUAUGACCUUGGAAUACCUCAGAAGUCCUCUUGGAAGAUUUUAGCAGUUAAUAUUUUGGAUGUAAAUGACAAUGAACCAAAGUUUCCGCCUUCAGGAUACUGUGUGCUUCUACGAGAGGAUGCUAAGAUAGGUAGUGUCGUCCUCAAAGUGAAAGCAGAUGACUUUGACAAGGAAGACAAUGGUAGGGUAAGGUAUUCACUCCUAACUCCAACAGAUGCAUUUACAAUUGAUAGUUUCACAGGUGACUUAACAGUCAAGAGCAUGUUGGACAGAGAGAUGUUGUCAAAAUAUAAACUUAAAAUAGAAGCUAGAGAUCAACCCAAAAAAGGCAGGCAACUGUUCUCCUUCACUGACGUUGCCAUAACUCUGGAAGACAUCAAUGACAAUGCACCAUAUUGCCGGCCAGUAACAGCUAAUGUGAAAAUUGCGGAGGACAUUCCUGUAGGAACUGUUUUAUAUUUUGUGGAUGCCCAGGAUUCUGACACAGGCCCAAAUGGAGAAGUGUCCUACUCUCUGAUUAAUGAUGAAAAAGGGACAUUCCGUAUUGAGAAAUUAACAGGAGCUCUGAUCCUAGAGAAAGAAAUAGACUUUGAGACCAGGUCAUUCUACAAUCUGACCAUAAGAGCAUCGGAUGCUGGCAGUCCAUUUCCUCACUCUUCGGUGUGCCAUGUGGAGGUGGUAGUUCUAGAUGUAAAUGAAAAUCUCUAUCCACCUUUAUUUAAAUCUUUUGUUUUUCAUGGAACAGUACUAGAAAAUGCACCAGCUGGAACUCUAGUGCUCUCUAUCAUGGCUCAGGACCAGGACAAAGGAAAGGAUGGUGAAAUACGAUAUUCUAUUAAGGAUGGAACAGACCUCUCAGCUUUUAGCAUAGAUGAAGAGACAGGAUCAAUUCGGACAGAGGCUCCUCUAGAUCGUGAAUCUGUGCCACGUUACUGGUUGACCAUCUAUGCCACAGACUUAGGCUCUGUUCCUUUGUUCUCCAUUGCUGAAGUCUACAUUGAAGUUGUAGAUGUCAAUGAUAACAUCCCUCAGUUGUCUAAGGGGGUGUUUUAUGCCUCGGUACUUGAGAACUCUCCAUCAAAUGUUUCAGUUCUUCAUCUGGAUGCCACAGAUGCCGACUCCAUUUCUUCUGGAAAACUCUCCUUCCAGUUCCUAAGUGUUAACAGCCAAGGACUGUUCACAUUGAACCCAAACACAGGUUUAAUUUCUACAACUGAGAAACAGCUAGAUCGGGAAAACAAGGAAGAACACAUUCUACAGGUGACAGUGUCAGAUAAUGGCACACCUCCUCUACAGUCUACCUCUUGGGUUGUCAUACAGGUGUUAGAUGUGAAUGACAAUACUCCCACAUUCUGCCAAAAACUCUUCACCGUCCAGCUCCCAGAACGUGCAGAAUCUCCUAAACCAGUUUCAAUAUAUAGGCUCAUAGCGAUGGACAGGGACAAAGGAAUAAACGGCCAAGUGACGUAUAGUAUUACUGAGCAAGAGACAGCUGUCUUCACAAUUCAUCCCACAACGGGUGUCAUCUCUUCCACAGCAGCAUUUCCAACAAGGAGCUACACCAUAUUAACAGUCAGAGCAACAGAUGGUGGAAGCCCCUCUCGAUCUUCCACUGUGAGGCUGCACAUCCAAUGGAUCCAUAACCCAGCACCCUCAGAUGAGCCGCUAACAUUUGAUGAACCACAUUUUACCUUCCAAGUCAUGGAAACUGAUCCAGUGAACCACAUGCUGGGACUAUUAAGUACAGAGCUGUACAGUCCGUGCUGGUUUGACAUCACAGGUGGAAACGACGAGCUGGAUUUUGACAUCGACAAGACCACUAGCGGUUUGGUCAUAGCUCAACCUUUGCAAGCAAGCAAGAGUUCAUUUUAUAACCUUACUGUGCAGGUCACAGAUGGGUCCCGUGCUAUUAGCACCCAGGUUUAUAUCUCUGUUGUACCAUACAAUCAUCACCGUCCAGAGUUUCAAGAGGAUCGCUACACUGUUCAGAUUCCAGAAGAUGUGCAACUAGGUUCCGAAGUGAUCAAAGUUACAGCAACUGAUAAAGACAGCGGAAAUAGAUUAAUCUACAAUAUUCAAGGCAGCGCAGACCCAAGAAGCUCCAAGAUGUUCAGGAUGGAUCCUAAUUCUGGUGUCCUAUUCACAACAGAGAAUAUGGAUUAUGAAACAAUGCCCUUUCAUAUUUUAACUGUCAAGGUGCGUGACCAGGAAGUUCAAAUAAAACGGAAUUUUGUGAGGAUUACUAUUCAGGUACAAGACGUCAAUGACCAUUCACCGCACUUCAUUCACCCUGUUUAUGAAGAAAGUGUUUCUGAUUCGGCUUCUGCUGGAUCCAAGGUGCUAAGAGUCCAGGCUACGGAUAAAGACCAAGGGCUCAAUGCAAAGAUCCAGUAUUUUUUUCAGUCAGGUAACACUGAAGGAUAUUUUAAUAUUGAUGAGUUUUCUGGCCUGAUUACCGUUGCUAAGACACUGGAGCAGCUCACAAAGAGCUGGAUAGCCUUGACGAUUAUUGCAGUAGAUCAAGGGACACCAAAGCUUCAAGACCUAGCCACUGUCAACCUACAAAUCAAACCUUCUGACACUUCACCACCAAAGUUUAUGUUGAGAGAAUAUGUGGUGGAAAUCAGUGAGUCUGUUCCUAUUGGCUCCUUUGUAGCCAUGGUGUCUGCAACAAGCUGGUCUUCCAUUAAUUACGAUAUUAAAGAAGGGAAUGAGGAAGGUUCUUUUUAUCUUAACUGCUAUUCUGGCAUUAUUAACACCAACAAAAGUCUUGAUUUUGAGACCACUUUUUCUUACCAACUCAAAAUACGUGGUAAAAACUCUCUUGGAUAUUACAGUGAAAUGACCAUCUUUAUCUACGUCAUUGAUGAAAAUGACAACUCCCCUAUUUUUUCACAAAGCAUAUAUAUUGGUGAAAUUAGUGAAGAUGCUCCAAUAGGCAGCAUGGUGACCAGUAUGGACUUGACCACUCUGAUCAUUCAAGCUACUGACAAUGACACAGAAACAAAUGCUAUCUUAAGUUACCAAAUUCUGGAUCCUGAAGUACUGAGAUACUUCAAAAUCAGUCCAAGUAUGGGAACACUGUUCACUGUGGCAGAACUUGACUUUGAGAUAAUGUCAUCAUUCUCUUUUGAUGUGCAUGUAUGUGACUCAGGAAAGCCAGUUCGGUUUGCCUCUCAGCCAGCAAAGGUCACCAUACAAGUGAUUAAUGUAAAUGAUUCUCCACCCAAAUUUUUGAAGGGCACAUAUGAUGUGAAUAUGUAUUUACCUGCUUAUAAUAAUAUGCACAUUCUAACUAUGACAGCUAAAGAUGUAGAUUCAGAAGUGAUGUACAGCAUCUCAGAAGGCAACACAGAUACUGCCUUCUUGAUUGAUUCUAAAUCUGGUAACCUUCUUUUAAAUGAUUCGUCUCUAUUAAAGUCAUACCGUGAACUUUCAAUAAAAGCUUGGGAUGGCUUGUACCAUGACACUGCACUGAUAAAAAUUAAUGUCACCCAAGUGAGAAAAACCAACUUAAAAUUUGAUCAGGCUUUGUAUACACUAAAUGUGACUGAAAACGAUCCUCGUAUUAUGGUGUUACAUAUGGUGGAUGUGGUUGGAAUUCAACUUAAUGAGCCCGUUUGUUUUUCGGUUCUUACAUAUACAGAACUGUUCCAAAUAGGUCCAUCUUCUGGAGUUCUUCAGACUAAAGGCCUGGCAUUUGACAGAGAGAUGCAAGGCAAAUAUGAUGUAAUAGUUGAAGCUAAAGACAGCAGAAAUCCACCUAGAGUGUCUCAGGGUAAAGUUGAAGUAUAUGUUGAAGAUGUCAAUGAUAAUACUCCAGAAUUCAUUAAUACUCCAUACUACGUGGCUGUAGAAGAUGGCAUAGAACCUGGUGAUGUCAUCUUCCAGGUAUCAGCUAUGGAUAAAGAUGCUGGGAAAAACAGUGUUUUAACCUUCCAGUUGCAAGAAGACUAUAAAUAUUUCAGGAUUGACCCAUCUCUAGGAGACAUUAUUCUUAGACAACCCUUUGAUUAUGAAGCCUUAAAUCAAUAUGUUCUAAAAGUGAUUGUCAGAGACCAUGGUGAACCCUCUUUGCAAGUUCAAGAAGAAGUAGUCAUCAUUGUCCGAAACAAAUCUAAUCCUAUUUUCCAAAGUCUUUACUACACAGUGACCUUACCAGAAAAUGUACCUAUUUCUACUCCAGUUUUACACAUUCAGGCGCGAAGUCCAGAAGGAUUCCGUGUAAUUUACAAUAUUGUUGAGAAUGAGGCUCUAAGUUUUUUUAGCAUUGACUUUAAGACUGGUUCUCUAAGUGUUUCAGGGCAGCUAGAUUAUGAGACCAAAGCCACUCAUCUGCUAACUGUUAGAGCCACAGAUUCGGCUAUCGGCCAAUUUUCGGAAGCAAGAGUGUUAGUUAAAGUGGAAGAUGUAAAUGAUCACCCACCUGUCUUCUCUCAAAUGGUCUACACAGGACAUGUCAAGGAAAAACUGCCACCAUAUCAAACGGUGAUUCAAUUGCAAAGUUCUGAUCGAGAUUCUGGGAAGAACCAAGAAGUUUCAUAUCACAUCUUAGGAAACGAUACAGAGGAAAUUAAUGAAUUUUUCCACAUAAACCACAAAACUGGUGAAAUAACAACAGCCAAAGAGUUGGAUUAUGAAACUAUGCGGCAGUUUCAGUUCAAAGUGAGGGCCACAGAUAAUGGUUUGCCACCAUUGCAUGCAGAUGCGCUUGUCAUUGUGAAUGUAUCUGAUAUAAAUGACAAUCCUCCAGAGUUCAGAGAGAAACACUAUGAAGCUAAUGUAAGUGAACUAGCCAACUGUGGACAUAUUGUUAUUAAAGUUCAAGCAUUUGACCUUGAUAGUGUAGAUGCUGGGAAACUGGAGUAUCUUAUUCUUUCUGGUAACAACCAUAGACACUUCACUAUUAACAGAACAUCUGGAGUCAUUUCACUUUCUAACCUCUGUAGAAAUAGUUUGGAUUUACUUUACCUGCUACAAGUCUCUGCUUCUGAUGGGGUGUACAGGGAUACUGUUCCUGUGUACAUCAAUGUUAACCAUGCCAACAAGCACACCCCAUACUUUCAACAGGAUGUGUUUGAAGUAGAACUUGCAGAGAAUGCUGAAAUAGGCACUACAGUGAUUGAGUUGGCAGCAAAUGAUCCUGAUGAUGGACCUUAUGGAAUGGUGGAAUAUAGCAUUAUUAAUAAACUGGCCUUGGACAUGUUUUCUAUCGAAAGCAAUGGCCAUAUAGCAACAUUGCGGAAAUUAGACCGGGAGAAUGCAACAGAGAGGCUUAUUGCCAUCAAAGUCAUGGCAAGGGACGGAGGAGGAAGGGCAGCUUUCUGCACAGUUAAAAUAAUCCUGACAGAUGAGAAUGACAACCCACCUCUGUUCAUUGCCAAUGAAUACACUUUAUCUGUCCAGUCUAAUUUAGGCAAAGGAACCCCAAUUAUUCAAGUGCUUGCUUAUGAUGCUGAUGAAGGGCAAAAUGCUGAUGUUACUUAUUCUAUUGAUAAAUAUGAUGAAGAUCUAGUUCAAAUUAAUCCUUACAAUGGUACUAUCAUCGUGAAAAAAAGCCUAUUAGGGCUCGAAAACAAGGACAUUACUUUUACAGUCAUAGCAAAAGAUGGAGCACCUCCAAAUUGGAGCUCACUUGUUCCUGUUCAUCUCCAUAUUGUACCAAAUGAGGUCACUCUACCCAAGUUUUCUGAACCGUUGUAUAGUUUUUCAGCAUCUGAAGAUCUGCCUGAAGGAUCUGAGGUUGGAUUAGUGAAAGCAACAGCAACUGAGCCAGUCAUUUACAGUCUAGUGAAAGGCACAACCGCAGAAAGCAACAAAGAUGGAGCAUUUAGUCUGGAUAAACACACAGGAGCUCUGGUUGUGAAAAAAGGCGUAGACCAUGAAAAAACCAAAUGGUAUCUUAUUGAUGUUCAGGCCAAUUGUCCUCACUUGGGCAAAGAGUUAGUGUCUUUGGUUUCAGUAAGCAUCCAAGUGAAAGAUAUUAAUGACAAUCAACCUGUUUUUGAAGCUGACCUUUAUAGAGCUUCAUUAACAGAGAAUAUGCCAGCUGGGACAACUGUCAUACAAGUUACUGCAAAUGAUCAAGACACAGGCAAUGAUGGGGUAGUGACUUAUAGCCUCAAAGGAGAUACUAGUGAGAUUCAUAGAUUCUUUACAAUUGAUGCUGAAAAUGGUUGGAUUAGAACCCUAAAGGAGCUUGAUUGUGAACAGCAAGAGGUCUAUCAAUUUUAUGUAGUGGCUACAGACCAGGGCAAGAAAAUACGCCUUUCUUCUGAAACCAUGGUAGAAGUUACAGUAACUGAUGAUAAUGACAACCCUCCAAGGUUCACCUCUCAAGCAUACCGGGGAUCCAUAGCAGAAAACAGCCAAUCUGGACAGGUCAUAACUACCCUCAAAACAUGGGACAGUGAUAUGUCAGAAAGCAACAGAAAGGUCACCUGUUUCAUAACAGAUGGAGACUCCUUAGGACUGUUCAGCAUUGGUGAGGUUGGAGACCAGUGGGUCAUUUCCUCCAAGAAGGCCUUGGACAGAGAAAAUGUAGAAAAACAUCACUUAAAGGUGACAGCAUCUGAUGGGAAGUUCCAGGCGACCACAGAGGUGGAGAUUACUGUUUUGGACAUCAAUGACAACAGCCCAGAGUGUCAGCAGAUGCUCUACACAGCAACGGUUGCUGAGGACGCCCCUCCCGGUCUCUUUAUCCUCAAGAUAUCAGCCAAAGACCAGGACAUUGGUAAUAAUGCCCAGAUUACUUAUGCACUUUAUGGACUUGGAGAUGACCACUUUCGUCUGGAUCCAUACACAGGGGAGUUAACAACGCUGGCACCUUUGGACAGGGAACAAAAGGCAUCCUAUCACCUGGUUGCAAAAGCCUCAGACGGAGGAGGACUUUCAUGCCAGUCAGACAUUGCCCUGUCUCUGGAGGAUGUCAAUGACAAUGGACCAGUUUUCUCCAUGAAUCACUACUCUGUAACUGUGUAUGACAACACAACUUUGAAGACCCCUGUGGCGGUGGUCAUUGCUAGAGAUCCUGAUGAAGGUUUAAAUGCUGAAGUUCUGUACUCCCUCUCAAACUCCGUCAAUGGACUUUUCUCAAUUGAAGAAACCACUGGUGUAGCUCGAAUAGAGAAACCUCUAGAAGACAUGGAGGAUGAAGUAAUUGAGUUAACCGUCUGCGCCACAGAUCGUGGCUUUCCCCGUCCACUUUCCACAUGCAUACCCAUUACCGUUUCUGUGGUAUCUCUCAGUUACUACCGAUCGGUGUUCGGAAACCCAGAAAAUGUCAUAAAUGUGCCAGAAGACCAGUCAGUUAAUUCAGAGCUUCUCAAUCUAGCACAACUGACACAGGACAUUGAGAGCAACAUGAAAAUAAAGUAUGAAAUCUUGAACGGGAAUGAAAAUGGCAUAUUUCGUCUGACUGAUACAGGCACAUUGUACUUGAAUGCAAAGUUGGACUUUGAAUCCCAGUAUCAGUACUAUCUCUCCGUAGAAGGAACUAGAGAGAGCUCUCCUCCUCUAAGUGAUGUGACAGUUGUUGUGAUAAAUGUUACGGAUAUCAAUGACCAUAAGCCUAUCUUCAAACAGGAAGAGUACCAGGCAGAAAUACCAGAGGAUGCAGUGGUGGGCGAUCUAAUUGUGAUGAUUUCGGCUGUUGACUUAGAUGGACCAAAGAACAAUAAAGUCACUUUAAAAAUUGUGAAAGGAGAUCCCCAAGGUCACUUCUCAAUACAUCCUGAGCGGGGAGAUCUUAGAGUUCUAAGUCGACUGGACCGAGAGCAGAAAUCGAAAUACUCUCUUGUGGUUCGUGCAACUGACAAUGGUGACCAAGCACUCUACAAUGAGGUGACAGUUCUGGUUCACUUACUGGAUGUGAAUGAUAACCCUCCCAUGUUUUUACAGUCCAACUACAGUCUUGUGCUUCAGGACAGUUCCCCAGCUGGUUCUAGUGUGUUGACACUUAUUGCAACAGAUAAGGAUUCUCCCAAAAAUGGGCCACCGUUUAAUUUUCAGAUCAUGGGAGGAAAUGAAGACAACAUCUUCCAUAUCAGUCCAGAUGGUGCCCUCUCUACUACAGCUGUCCUCAGCAGAGGUGCCAAAGAGAAGCAUAUCUUAAAAAUCAAGGUUUCUGACAAUGGCAUCCCGCACCUUUCCUCUUUCACUUUCGUCAGCAUCCAGGUCAUUGACCAAAGCCGCCACUCUCCUACAGUGCUGCCACUGGAAAUAUUUAUCACCACCAGUGAGGCAUCAUUCCAUGGCACUGUGUUGGGCAAAUUGCAUGCCACAGACCAAGAUCCUCAUGACACAUUGAUGUAUCGGUUGGCUGAAGAGGAAAUUAAAAAGGGUCUCUUUUCUGUUGGAAUUACUGAUGGCAAGGUCAUUGCACUUGAAAGUCUUAAACAAGGACAUUACUUUUUCAACGUCACAGUCAGUGAUGGGUCAUUUACCGCUAUGGCACCUGUUCAUAUCUACGUCUGGUGUUUUAAUGAGGAGGCUCUCCAGCAAUCAUUGGUUCUUCGAUUUAAGAGCUUAUCUCCAGAGGACUUUAUAGGGGACCAUUGGCGCAAUUUUCAGAGAUUUCUUGGGAACCUGCUUUCAGUAGACAGACAGCAGAUUCAGAUGGCCAGCCUUCAAAAAGAUGAAACAUCAUCAUUUUUGGACCUUGUCUUGGUGGCUGGGAUGGGCUCUACCUCACUCAGUGAACCUCAAGCUUUUGCUGAAAAAAUCAGUGGAGUGGAACAGGAGCUGGACCAGUCCAUGGGUUUACAUAUUGAGAAGAUAUUUCACCUGCCCUGUCAUGGCCUACAGUGCAAAAAUCGGACAUGCCAGGAAGUUAUUGAGUUGGACCCAUCAGUAUUAUCUUCAUACAGCACUGCCAGGCUCAGUGUUAUUACACCACAGCACACUCUACGACAGGUCUGCACAUGCAACAGCACUGCUUUGAGAUUCGAUGGGCAGAGUUUUCUACGAUACCACCAUGAGAUUAGUGGAGAGUGGAAAGUCCAGUUCAGUCUGAAAACCCACCAGUCCAAGUCUGUUUUGGUGUUUGUAAAUGGUACUCGGUCAUCUCUUUUAGAGCUUGAUAAUGGGUAUUUGCAUUAUAAACAUCAGUGCCAAGGAAUCAUCACCAAGAACCUGCUUUUGAAGACGAUAGUAAAUGAUGGCAUCGUGCACAGUAUUAUCCUUGAGGUGACAGCCAAAACUGCUAAGUUCCAUGUGGACAGCAUAGAAUCUGAGCUGCCCCUGCCAGACUGCUCAGGACAUUCAUCUCACCUGAAAAUUGGGGCAAUUAUACAAGAGUCUGACCAUGUGUCUCAAGGAUUCCGGGGCUGUCUGGAUAACAUCAGUAUCAAUGGACAAACACUGGAUAGCCUAGGCCAGUCUAUUUACCAGAAAGGCACAUCACCAUGCUGUGAACACAACCAUGCUUGUAGACACAACCCGUGCCCCAGUGAGAAAAUGUGUGCAGAAAUGCCUGAUGGAGCAUAUGCCUGCCUCUGCCAUUCUCCCUUCCCUAGUCCCAGCUGUGUCCUGGGUAACAACCCCUGUGCCACGUCUUCUUGCCCACAGGGCAGAAUUUGCUCAGCCAUGUCCAAUGGAUUUGCAUGUAGCUGCCCUCCGGGAUACCAGGGUGAACGAUGCCAGAUCGCCGUGAGAAGCUGCCUGGAUGGCUUGUGUGUGCAGUCAACUGAGCCCUGCAUCCCCAGCAGCACGUGUAACUGCAGUGACGCUAACAGCGGUCAGCUAUGUAUAGGGGGGAAUAUGCCCACUCCUGAUAAGAGGUUCCUUAUAACUGGUGUUCAGGAGAUAGCUGAGAUCCUUGGAGGAGUGCUUGCUGUCUUGCUAUUAGUUGGGGUGUUUAUCAUCUUCAGAAAACGUCUGUGCCAACGUAUUGCUACCCACAAGCCAGCUGCACAGGAGGAUCCAGACCUGAAGCACUAUAUAUCCAGAGACAUAGGUGUGGGAACCCAAGCAACGUCCAUGGAACUGAAUAUCCUUAGUCCUGCUGCACUGAAUCAGCUGGAUGCUGAAGGACAGCCACGAAGGAACCCUGUCCCAGAACUCCUUACCUUUUGCAAGCCCCAGACUAGACCAGUCGUAUGCAGCGUGGCUCCAAAUCUACCUCCUGCACCUCCGUCCAGCUCCGACAAUGAGUCCAUCGCCAAGAACAACUGGGACUGUGAAGAGAGCAUGUACACAGGAGACUCAUCAUACUGGCCAUCCAACAACAAACCUAUGGAAUUUCAAAGAUUCCCCUUUUCCAAGACAUCAUCUUCUGCACCACCAGUCCCACCUCUCCCAAGAGAACCAGAGCAAGAACCUUUAUUUGGUGGAUUCCCAUUUCCAUUGCAGCGCAGCAACAAAAGAGCUCCAAUUCCGUCUUGUUACAGCAACCGAAACCUGGAUGACUUUCUCCCAGCACCUUCUCACUGCCAAGACCAGUAUACUGCAAUUAGCUACUAUCCCUCACAGCUAAUACAGCCAGAGGGUAUGCCCUACACAUCUGACGAUGGGUUCCGCCAUCUGAGCGUGAGACUGAGCGUAGCUCAGCCCUCUUAUGCAGACUGUGGGCUUCCACCAAUGACCAAUUCCAACUUUCAGGCACCAGACCUGGCAGAAAGUGACUAUGGUAGCUGCGAGGAAGUUAUGUUCUAAACAAUUUCUUACAAGACUUUAAUAUUGGAGAUCAUUGGAAGAGGUUACCAAAUCCAGAGGAGAAAGCUGAAACACUGAGGAUUAGAAAUAGCCAUGGGCUCUCCUCCAGGCCUACAAGAAGCCAACCAGUAACAAUGCCUCAGAAAGUAUUGCUGGGAGUCUGGCAACUUGAUGUUGGAUAUGUGUGUGCCGUUCCAGUUCCUGACAUGGAAGAACUCAGGUCAAAGAGAGUGCAAAAUUGCCUAUUCUUAAACCAUGCUGAGCAUGACAAAUUUGGCCAAGUCCUAGUGACCCUAAAGAGCUGUAUAGCGCGCCGCACAGUAUUACCUCUGGCAAGGAAUUUGGUUGUGAGCUCUUUAGAGGAAUCACCAACCUAAUAAACAGCACUGUAAAUUUUUUCAGGCUAUAUUAACUUUUCUGACACAUUAUCAUUAAGCAAUAUCACUAAAGAACAGAGUGUACUGCCAGACUAGUACCAGUUCUACAAGACAAUUGUACUCAGGCUACUGUUGGACGAUAUGAAAUGGUUGAAGAGCCGUAUAUGAGUAAACAUAGUAGCAGAUCAGAGAUACAGUCCAAUCCUCGGGAAUGUUAAACUACUGACCUUAUCAAUGCUACUUUUUUAAAGAUAAUGAGCUGCACUUGGCAGUUAUGGCUUAUUAUGGAAUUUGCAGUAGAUAUUUUAUCCUACCCACUGAGAAAUGUGAUGCUGCCAGUGCCAACGUUAUUGUGGGCCAGGAAACUUACAUGAAACUGUAAGGAAGGAAAAUGUGUAUAUAUGUA